GGCCUCGCUCCAGGGAUUCAUCCAUCACCAUCAUCUCUGACCAUAUCGCCCAUCAUGCUGGCACUCUUCAUCUUCACCGCCACGGCCCUCGCUGCUGUGUCUUAUACGAUCAUUCGUCCCAUUUUUAAAUAUCUCUAUGAUCCCAAAGGCCUUCGCAAAUACCCGAACUUCUCUCCCAUUUCAGGCCUCACCGAUAUGCGCCAUAUGUAUCUCAGUACUUGUGGAUAUCGCUCUCGCGAUCUCUACGAAGCACACAAACAAUCUCCCAUCCUCCGAACUGGUCCCAACGCGCUGUCCUUCGGUCACAGCGAUGCCAUCAAAGAUAUUUACGGCCAUGGAACUCCGUGCACCAAGGACCUCAACUAUGUCGUCCAGGGUGGGACUCACACCCACCUGUUCGACGUAGUUGGAAAGGAAGAUCAUGGACGGAAGAGAAAGGUCCUUUCUUCCGCUUUUGCAUUGAAGAAUCUCGAGCGAUGGGAGUUUAAAGUGGCUGCCACGACGAAGCGUCUGUUAGAUGCGAUGGACAAACACUGCACUGCUCCAUUGCCACCUGGACAGAGCAUUCCCGAUCCUGCCGACGUCAACUUUGACUGGGGGAAGUGGGCUAAUCUGUGGACUAUCGAGGCGAUCAAUAGCAUUGCUUUGUCUUCAAACAUGGACCUGCUUGACAAGGGGAAUGACACUGUCAUCGCACAGAAGAUGGACGGUACAUUGUACGAAGCGCGCUAUCGACAUGCCCAGAAUCAGCUUGCCAUCGCUCAGUCCACCUUUGUCUGGGAUUUUAAACACUAUGCCCUGUUUGAAAAGGCUUCGAAACUCAUCCCGAAAUGGAGAAAGAUCUGGAAGAAUGGCGAGCCCUGGAGUGACGUCGUCUAUAAUCAAGCAGCGACACGACUAGACCGAUACAUGAAGGGAGAGAAGCUGGAUGACUUCUUCUCUGCUCUUAUGGAUGACAAAACCGGCAAGCCGAACUGCCUUGAAUGGGGCGAGAUUGUGGCUGAGAUCAGUGCGAUUAUCAAUGCUGGCGCGGACACAACUGCUAUUGCCUUGACGCAGGUUCUCGAACAACUUCUGCAGCAUCCAGAGUAUCUCAAAACUCUUCGGGAGGAAAUCGAUAAUGUCCUCGACGAAGACGAAGCAGUCGCUCCCCAUGACAAAGUCAAGAACCUCCCAUUCCUCCGCGCCUGUCUCGACGAAGCCCUCCGUCUAAUCCCACCCACCUCAGCUGCUCUUCCUCGCCGCACGCCCCCAGAAGGAGCACGUAUCCUCGGUGAAUGGAUCCCAGGAGACACCAGUGUGUCCAUGACCAUCUACGGUGCACACCGCGAUCCAACCAUCUUCCCCGAGCCAGAAGAAUACAAUCCACACCGCUGGAUGGACCCCGAAGCACGGCGAAAAAUGGAGUCGCAUUUCAUCCCGUUUUCUGCGGGGGCCAGAGGGUGUAUUGGGCGGAAUAUAUCAUAUCUGGAACAGACGCUGGUGUUGGCUACGUUGGUGCAUCGGUAUGAGUUUGCGAUGCCGUCGCCGGAGUGGAAGUUGAAGAGAUACGAGGCGUUUAAUUUGGUGGUGGGAGAGAUGCCGAUUAAGUUGUGGAGGAGACAUAUAGUUAGUUGAUGAUAUUUAGUUUAGUUGAA